AUGAAUGAAUAUUUAGUUAUGGCAAUUGCAGCAGAUUGUAUUAAAAGAUAUUAUGAAAUGAGGAAUAAAGAAGUUUUACUAAGUGUGGGGACUGCUGAAUACGGACCAAGGGUACAACAAGCAAUAGCUGAGAGUGGAUUAUCAGCAAAAGAAUUUUGUGAGAGAAAAAUGAACGAAUAUAAGGAAACUUUAAAUAAUGCCAAGGUUACAUACACGGAUUUCUCACGGAAUACGGAACUAAGGCAUGAAAUUUCUGUAAAUCAUAUUUGGAGUAAAUAUAUUUAUAAAACUUCACAAGAAGGGUGGUAUUCACCUUUGAGUCAAUCAUUUUUCUUAGAAUCAAAGACAAAAAAAAUAAAGCAUCCCCAUACCGGUGAAGAAAUAUUAGUGUCAAAUGUAAAAAAUGAUGCUCCUAAACCACUUGAAUGGUACAAAGAAGAACAUUAUAACUUCAAACUUCCAAGAAUACAUAUGAAAUUAGCUGAAUGGUUAAAAGCAAAUCAAGAUCUUGUAAUAGCUCCGAAUAAAACGGAAAAAUAUGUAUAUGAAAUAAAGAAGCUAUUAAAAGAUUUACGUAUUUCACGUCCUCGUUCUCAAGCUGAUUGGGGAAUACCAGUUCCGGAUGAUCCUGAACAUACGGUAGAUUCCAAUUUUGAAGCUUACGUUAAUUAUUUAACUGUUACUGGAUAUCCCUGGAAGGAAGAACCUUAUAAAAAGCAUUGGCCAAUUGAUAUUAAUGUGUGCAAUGUUCGUUCAUUAAAGAUUCAUGCAGAAAAUGGACCAGCAUUUCUAAUUGCAGCUGAUAUACCGCCAAUUAAGAAAAUAUACGCCAAUUCAUUUAAAUCUUAUAAUUAUGAUGCUAAAAUUAAAAGAGUUAUAAAUUUAUAUGGCGUAGAUGCUUGCCGAUAUAUUUAUAUGGCUUACGGUAAUGAUCCAAAACCAUCAGAUUUCGCAUUAGAAAACAUUAGUAUUCGAUAUCAUAAAGAUUUAGUUAAUCAAUUAGGAAAGGCAAUAAAUAAUUGUUGUAAUAGUGACAUCUAUUAUUCAACAUGGGUACCUAAAUACCCCGAAUAUGAAAAAAAUAAAAUUGAUUAUGAUGAUUUGCUUUUACAUAAUGCUUUAACCGAAUUUCCGGAUAUUGUUGAAAAUUAUUAUGAAAAUUUCGAUUUUUCAAAUGCCAAUAAUCAUUUCUCAAGUUUAUUACCACAAGAUGGUGGUCCAAUUAAAGAUCGAAGUUUAAUCGAACGAGCUUUCUAUUAUUCAUUUGAAACUUUGCGCAUUGCUAGCAUUCUUUUGAAGCCAAUUAUGCCCGAGAAAUCUGUAAAAGUUUUAAAUAUUCUUGGAGUAUGGGAAAGUGAACAAGUAUGGGAUGACGCAAAAUUUGGUGCAGGAUGGACAUAUGUUAAUGAGAGAGGAAGGAAAUGGGCAAAAUAUUUAUAUCAAGAUUUAUAUCCAUAUGUCAACAUUGGUUUAGGUGGACCAGGAUUGCGUAGAAAUGAUAAAGAUAAUUUGGCUUUUAAUAUUAUGGAAAUUAAAGAAAAGAAUUCUAUUAUUGGAGAUAUAUUACCAAAAGAUGUGGAACAAAUUGCUCAAACCAGAAAUCCUCGCAUGAAUAGAAUUCAAUGGGCAUGA